AUGUUGGAGACGAAAGUGAUGUCAGCGACUCGAACGUCGCUUGCGGGAACGUACACAGUGGUCAAGAGAGAAGCGCAGUCCUCCGGAAGCUCUACGUCCAGUGGGAAAGUUGCCAAGUGUACUGGCAGUGAGAGCAGUUGCCAGAAACCCUCGAACACGAGCGCCGUCACGGUCGGAGUCGCAGUGGCUAUUCCUGUGGGUUGUGUGCUGAUACUGUUCGUGGUUAUUCUUUGGGUUGUGUAUAGAAGAAACAAGAAAGAGGCGCAGGAGGACAAUGAUCCGGACUUUGAGGGCGAUACCGAGUAUCUGCCGGCCGCGAAGGGCACCAACGGCUACUCUUUGAGCACGUCGUCGCAUUCGGGCGACUCUCAGACACCCAAGGAGUGGGCAGGUGACGAAGAGAGCUACUUCGCUGGAAAUUCCGGACGUUAUCUAAGAGGUAGUGAAAGUGUGAGGAACAGCCAGGCGAGAAACGUGGACCCUUUCAUUCUGCCCGAGGCUAAUGACGAUUCCUUGAGGGACUUUGCCAGACAACUGCAAAACGAUGAGUUCGGUCCGUAUCGUAUUGCUUCUAACUCCAACUCUAGGGCGACCAGCCAGCUGUCGCUGCCGCUGGAGAAGAAUCCGAUGAAGGUCUCUUCGAACGUGGGCUCCAAUGUCACUAGAUAUACCUCGGCAGAUACAAACCACACGCUAGGCGACGCGACACCUACAGGCGACUCAACGUCGUCUUCCGAGCCACCGCUGAAUCAGAGCCCUGUCAAGAGCGUCACCGGUGACGUGACCAGGAAGUAUGCCGAAGAUCACAGUGGGCUUGAGGCCGAACACUCUAAGUUUGACUCGACUCUGGAUAAUCAGAAUUCUCAUACAAGGCCAACAGAAACCUCUCACGAUAAUUUCAACUUCGAAGCGAGAGAGGUGCUAAAUCAGUUAGAUGACUCUGCAAGUCCGGGUGAAGCUCGGGACGAUGACCGUGUCAUUUCACUGUCUGCAAAGGAAGAAGAAGAUAUCAGGAGAAUGAAGAGCGUCUAUAAGGUUUACCUAGAUAGGAAUGGGACCGUGAAACAACGGCCGUUUGAUGAAAGUGAACUGCAGGACGACGAGGAAGAACAAGAAGCUAUGGCUCAGUCUUCGAACAUAUCGGAAACUAACGCGGGCACUCAAUUAAGAGUCGCCUCAGAUUCUCAUAGAGUGGCUUCGUCAAUUUACUCAGCUCCACCACCGCAAUCUUAUCCAGCGCAAGAGACUCAACUCAAUCCUGAGAAUUAUUACACGGAUCACAGUCCGACAUCGCAACAAUAUUCCAAUCAGCCACAGAAUGUGGCUCCUUACGGCUAUGCGCAGUCUUAUGAACAGCAACAACAGUAUCCACCACAGCAUUAUCCUAUGCAAUUUUCGCAGCAACACCAAUAUGCACAUCCUCAAACCUUGGAAACUAUCGGCGAGCUGCCAACUCCGACGAAUCUGCCAUUCUCCACAUCAUCUCACUCGCUCACGUCGUUCAGACAGAAAUCUAAGCAACCACAGAUAGCUCAACUGCAGACUGCCAGAAUCAACGGUACUGCCGUAAAUCCGAUGGACCACCCAGAAAUGUUUUACGCUCAAGGUAAUGAUUCCUACACCUCCUACCAAACGGCGAACGGUUCUGUGGUUAGUCAACCAGCCGCGCCAUACCAACUGAGACAAAGUGUCGUCAUGACAAAUCCUUCGGAUCUCACAGCAGCUCCGAGAUUCCGACCUGCUGGCUCCAUCAGGACCGCUAGUGCUGCCAACACGCGCAAUAACACUAUAACGAGCAGAAUGAACCCAUACUAUCAGCAGCAACAGGCGUACAAUUUGCGCGUCAGUGGCCUGCUCAACGAAGCGGACGUCACGCAACCGCCAAGUGUCGGCCAGAUCCUACCGCAUUCUGGAUCUAACGAGGACCUAAGAAGACAGAUAGGCGGAUCUCACAACUACAACGUGGUUUGA